AAAAUUAAAAGUUGUGUCCAAUUUAAUAUAAUUUUAUCUGGCAAUUAUCUUAUUUAUCUGUUGAUUUAAUACUGUUGUUAAGUUUUAUUCACAAUCCUUGUAUUAUAUCCUGCAGUAUUCUGGGUCCCAAUUAAAGGUCAUGGAAUAAAAAUAGCAAUAUGGGUUAUGAAGUAGCAAGAUUUGUGGGUGAUGUUGACGAAGAAUUAAUCUGUCCAAUAUGUUCAGGAGUGCUAGAAGAUCCUUUACAAGCGCCUCAAUGUGAACAUGCUUUUUGUAAAGAAUGUAUAAAUGAAUGGUUAGCUCAUCAACCAUCUUGUCCAGUAGAUCGUCAGCCUAUAACUCCUGCUGAUCUUAAAGCAGUUCCUCGAAUUUUACGAAAUUUAUUGUCCCGUCUACAAAUUUCCUGUGAUAAUUCUUCAUUUGGUUGCACUGUUGUAGUAAAAUUAGAUAGAUUAGCCAUGCAUAGGGAAGAAUGUGAGCAUAAUCCUAAACGUCCAGUACCAUGUGAACAAGGUUGUGGAUUAGUAAUUCCAAAAGAUGAAUUAAAGGAACAUAACUGUGUGAAAGAAUUAAGAAUUUUAGUACAAAAUCAACAACAAAAGUUAAAUGAUUUGCAGCUUCAGCUUAAUGAACAAAGAAGAGAACUUAAUUUAUUAAAAGAAUGUAUCAGAGCUAUUAGACUUUCGAGUCCUUCAAUACCAGCCAUUGUUGAAUCUAUUGAACAAGAUGAAGUUGUAAGAUGGGCUAGUUCUUUACAGAGGGCGAGAGUUACUAGAUGGGGAGGAAUGAUAUCGACUCCCGAUGCUGUUCUUCAGUCCAUGGUUAGAAGAGCAUUGAGUGAAAGCGGAUGUCCCCCGCACAUAAUCAACGACUUGAUGGAAAAUGCUCACGAGCGCAGAUGGCCACCCGGACUGAGCACGCUGGAAACACGUCAAAUGAAUCGCCGCUAUUACGAAAAUUACGUCUGCAAGCGCAUACCCGGCAAGCAGGCGGUGGUUGUUAUGGCUUGUGAUAAUUCCCACAUGAAUGCGGACAUGUUGUUGGAGCCUGGUUUAGUAAUGAUAUUUGCCCAUGCUCUGUCGACCAUGUGAAAAGAUUAUCCACACUAGGAGCAUUAGGAUGACGAAGAUGACAGAAGUCUUUGGCCCAGUGGUUCAUUUUAUUACAAUAUUUAAUAUAAUUUUGUUGUGGAAAACCUCAUCAUUAUGCUAAACUUUAAAUUUGUAUUGCUUAAAAAUGACAUUCCAUUUAAUUUUGAGCAUCUAAAAAACAUUCCUAAAAUUUGAGUGCAAUUGUUAUAUUGUUGGAGGAUUAUUAUUAUUAUUACUUUUUUCCCCAAACAUUUUAAGUUUUUUAACCUAAACAAAGUAUGACUUGUUGCAUGUCAAAAUAUGUUAUUACUAGAAUAGUGUUGCUUGCCAAAUUCUAUUGCUUUUGUGUAAUAUAUUUGGGCUUUCCAAUGUAAAUAUAAGUGUGCCAAAUUGGAUUACGGUAUUAGUAAAUGUUAAAAAGAUUUUUGGCGUGUGUAUUUAUAUGACUGAAAAUAAAUUGUUUUUAUAAAGUU